UUUAUUGUGGUUACUAUUUACUAUUUUACUCUGUAAAUUUACUGGUUAGCUUUAAUUCAGCGGUCAGCACAUUUUCGAUUUGCCUAUGCUCGAUUGUUGUGAUUUAUAAUAUAAUUGGUUAUAUCUAUGCUUAUAAUUUCUUUCGGCCUUUGUAAUUUACAAUAAUUUAAAAUUGAUGAAUGUAUCACAGUUAUAAUGAGUUAUUGGAAACAUUUUGACGUCAAUGUGAAUGAAUUAAAAGAUUAUUUCAAAACUCACAAGUCCGUCAAAGAAUUUCAAGCGCAUUCAUCGAAAGUACAUUCAGUUGGUUGGAGUUGUGACGGCAAACGUUUAGCGUCGUGUUCAUUUGACAAAUCUGUGGCUACAUUCACAUUGGACAAAGACCGGCUGGUGAGAAAUUAGAUCAAAUUACAGUUAUUAUUUAAUUUUUUACUUCCUAUUUAAUCUGUGAGCUUUGAAAAACUAAUCAUGGUCCUGGAUACUGCAAACUUGAUAGAGACAAAACCAAUCAGGUUAGAUCGUGUGGAAAUUGUUGGCUUGAAAAGAACAAAAGAUGAUAUCGUUAAAAAAGCUACAAAAUGCCUAUUUGAUUCCAAAACCAUCAGUGAUGUAAUUACCAAGAGUGUGAUAGUUAAAAGAAACCUGAUGCAGUUAGAGUGUUUCAAUGAUGUAUCUGCCAAAUUAGAUGUUGAUAGUGUCGAUGGACAAGAUAAAUAUUAUGUUACUAUUAAAGUACAGGAAUGUAAUUGGGUACAAGGACAUGUCAAAAUUUUAUCUGAUACUCAUUUUGACAAUAACCCUGAUCCUAAACUGUCAACUGGAAUAUCAUUUUUAAACUUGUUUUGCCGUGGUGAAAAAUUAAAUGUUGUGUCUGAUAUAUACUCCAACAAAAAAUUCUCUACUGGUAGUAUAAGUUUUACUAAACCAUUACUUGCCUUAUUUAAUCCAUAUUUAUACACAACAGUUUUCAAGAACCAUUAUGAUAGAAAUAGAUUUGGCUAUUCAUUUGACGAGUAUGGAUUAAAUGCUGGAUUACAUUUAAGCCAUGAAUAUUUAAAACUAAACGUAUUAUGGGAAGGAGUGGCUAGAGAUUUAAAAUAUGCACGAAAUGCACCAUUUGGUAUACGAGAACAGCUUGGACUUACCAUGAAGUCAUCUGUUAAAAUGACUGCUUCUUAUGAUACUCGAGAUAGUGGUGUGUUUCCCAGUUAUGGAUCACUAGUCCAGUGUUGUUCAGAAUUUGCUGGGAUUGGUGGUAACCACGAGUUUGUAAAAAAUGAACUGACCCUUCAACAUACAUUUAGCACAAUCCUAGAUUUUGCUGUUACUGGAUCUUUCUCUUUUGGAAUAUUAGAUAAAAUUGGAACAUCCUCUGGAACAAGCAGUAUUUUAGAUAAUUUUUAUCUUGGCGGACCAUUGACUUUCAGAGGAUUUGAAGAAUGUGGUGUAGGUAAAAAAGAAGAUGGGAGCAUAACGGGUUCUUCGAUGUUUUGGAGAUACAAUACUCAUGUACAUGCUCCACUUCCAUUUUUAUCUAAAAAAAAUAAACUGUCCAAUUUAAUAAGGAUACAUUUAUUUAUGAAUUCUGGAAAUGUUGGAAAUCGUCUAGGAAAUCUGACCAAAGACAUACGAGGACUGAUCAACAACGUACGGCUAUCAUAUGGAGCCGGUUUGGCAUUAAACAUCAACAAUUUAAUGAGAUUAGAAAUUAAUUAUUGUUUACCAGUUUUUUAUUCAAAUAAUGAUUCUAUUGUGUCAAAUAAAAAUCAGUGGGGCUUUGGUUUGCUGUUCUAUUAAUAGACUGAUAGUAAAAUUAUAUAAAUAAAUGAUAUGUUUUUUGUUAUUUUUUGUUAUCUUUAUAACGAAAACAAAUUAACUAUUUCAUUUGUAGUGUACCUAUUAUUAUAGUAAAAUAAAAAAUGUAUUUGUUGAGCAAAAA